AUGCAACAUCACAGCAGAGAUAUCGUGAAGGAUGUAUCAGAUGCUCUGCAGCUAGAGCAGGAGCUUCAGCUCUCACAGGCCCAGCAUGGAGUCGCUGUUCUCGAUAUAUACAGUUCUGAAUGGGGCAGUACAAAGGCAUUGUCAGAGACUUUCAGGCGUCUCUACACAGAUGCCGGGGAUCAAAUGCAUCUACGUUUCUACGCGGUUGAAUGUAAUUCCAUUCUUGAAAGUCUCAAAUACCCUGAAGAGCAGCGUAAUCCCAUGCGACCUAAAAAUUUGGAUUUGUGUCGAGAAACACUCCCUUCAUUUUGGAAGGACAUUUUGGACGAUCGUCGUGGAAAAUCAAAGUCGUAUUUUGUAUUUUAUAAAGAAGGGAAGAAACGCACCUGGAUAGAGGGUAUUAACACACCAAAGAUUAUUAAUUACGUGAGGGAUUUAUGUCGACCACAAAAACCUGCUAAUGAAUGCGCCUCUAACAAGGAAUUACUGGAGUUCUGGGAACAUUAUUUCAGUGCAGAAGAAAGUGAGGUUUUUUUUGAUUCCUUUAUACGUGCAAUGCUUGACUGUAUUGGAGCAAAACGUUCAUUAACCAAUAGGGAAGAAAAAGCUCUCGCAGAGGCCAUUGGUGUCCAAGAUUAUAAGGUUACUGUUGGGGAACUUGAAAAAUGGAUUGGUGGGGAACGAACGAUUCAGACAGCCUUCUGCGAUCUUUUCCCUGCUUUCAGAGACAGAAUAACAUCUGUAUCGGCAAGUGCAGUUGAUGGUAGUGCUGCGGAUAUCAAACCAAAUGGAGUUAACGCAAGUACCGACGAAGUGGCCAUGUCGCAGUCGUGGAAUGAAGCCGAGAAAUUGAAAACUCCCAAACAUACAGAUGAUGAUUGGAGACCACAAUUAUGGCACACAGUUGCAGCCAUGCCAUUGCGUUGUCCAGGGGACAGACGGUUUGUUCUCCUCUCCUCUGGGGAAGGAGAAGAGAAAGCGAAAGAAGAUUUGCAGCGCGUUAUUGAUGUUCCGACCCUAAACAGUUAUUUGACAGAAUGGGGUGUUUCUGCUGAUGAUAUCCAGGUGAUGUGUCAUUCUGCCGCGAGAAAAUUCCCAUUUGACUGCUUAUCAUACGGUAAACUAGCCUUGACGCUGAUGCUGUGUGAUAGCGAUGGAAGCAAUGUCCUUGUUGGUCGUCCGGAAAGUUUUGUUGAACAGCUUUCAGAUGGCUCAUUACUGGAGAGUCACACGCCAAUCGCCUUUACAGUUAUUUGUACAUGUGCAUCAGAAACCCACGAUGAUGAUAUUUUCUAUUACUAUGGUGAGAAAAAUACAGUGGAGUUUGGAGAAUCUUGUGAAGAGGGUGGUCAGGUUAUUUUGGCUCCAUUAACACGUUUACAGACAAGUAGCAACGAUGAAAACCCCUUUAAUGUAAGAAUUAUCGGAAUGCCUAAAGUGAUUAGACUCCCAGAAACAGUUUCUGAAAAUGAAACUACUGUUCUUAUUCCAUGGUACACUAAAUUUGUUGUUAAGGAAAAAUUGGAGACUGGUAUUACAUUAACAUUUUUGGAAACUGUUGAUAGUGUCCAAUAUCGGCACUCUGUUAAUUCGUACACGGAACGUCUCCUUGAGGAUGAGGAUAAACUGGCCAAAUCAGCAGACGUGGCCUCUAUCUUUGAACGUUAUAUGGGGUCAAAACAUGAAUUGGAGGGAUCGUUAAUCAAGAAUCCCAGCUCGUUGGGUAACGGCGUUCCUGAUGUCGCUGGAGAAGAAGCACACUCACCUGCCACUGAAGAACUACAGCCCCCUGAUGAUGCUGAGAAUAAACCUGCCGCUGCUGAAGAAGUACAAACCCCUAUUGCUGAAGAACAACCUGCCGCAGAAGAGGCGGAAGGAAAAGAGCUUUCAACUCCUCCCGCUGAAGAAGAACUACAGACCCCUGAUGAUGUUGAGAAUAAACCUGCUGCUGAAGAAGAAGAAGUACAAACCCCUAUUGCUGAAGAACAACCUGCCGCAGAAGAGGCGGAAGGAAAAGAGCUUUCAACUCCUCCCGCUGAAGAAGAACUACAGACCCCUGGUGAUGUUGAGAAUAAACCUGCUGCUGAAGAAGAAGAAGUACAAGCCCCUAUUGCUGAAGAACAACCUGCCGCAGAAGAGACGGAAGGAAAAGAGCUUUCAACUCCUCCCGCUGAGAAUGAGGAGCUUUAA